UGAACGCACCCACGCACGCAACUGAGGAAGCGGACGUUUAAAGUCAAUCGCCGGCAAAAAGGGGAAUGCCGCGAACUCAAUCGACUUUGCCAAAAUGUCGAACCUGACGUUACUCCUACUGGCGCUCAUUGGGUGGGCAACUGGAGAAAUUGUCAAGGAUCCAACUCUAUGCGGACGCGUAAAAUGUCAUGUUUCAGCGGAUCGAAAGUUUAAGUAUUCAGAGAAGAUUUAUUACCAAUACCGUUACCGCAUAGACGUGAGCACUAAUUUAGGCAAGAGACCUGGAUUUCAAAAUGAGUCGGAGCUCCAUAUCAACGCAGAUGUGACACUACGUUUCUCCAGUCCAUGCGAGGGUUCACUGCGACUGGAUAACGUGAGCGUGAGUCAUGACAGAGCGAGCUAUCAGUCAGAAUUUCCGGACCGCGCAGGCUCCGAGUUCAAGGAUGCACUAGAGCGGUAUCCUUUGCGCUUUGCUUUCGAUGAUGGUGAGAUCCGGGAGCUUUGCCCUGCCUCUGGUGAUGAGGUCUGGGCACUUAAUUUAAGACGCGGUCUUCUCUCGAUGCUUCAGAAUACGAUGUUACGUUUCGACGUUGAUCAUCGCCACGACGAACUCGACAUUAACGGAAUUUGCGAAACACAUUAUCGAUUGCACGAAGCACGCCAUACGAGUCUCAUUGUGCGCAAAAGUAAGAACUUGGCAAGUUGCCGUCACAGCACAAAACACCUCUCACUCAUUCAGUCUCAAACAUAUAGAAGUCCCUUGUCACGGACUCAUGCCUUUCAACAACCGCUCCUUAUCUCCAAUAGUGAGUGUGAAAUCACCAUUGAUCACAAUGUGUAUGAACGGAUUCAGUGUCGUGACGAUCAUCGUCUCAGGCCACUAUCUAAUGGUAACAACGCGGGUGCGAGAACUGAGAUAGUCUCAAGUUUAGAAUUGGUCGGUGAACUUAACGAUAAUCCACACACGAAAGUUAACGAAGAAAAACCGGAAGCAGAGGAAAGCUUCGUACAUACGAAGAGGAAAAAUCUACUGUAUGAUCAUGCCAAGUCACCGCGUACCAUCUAUGGAGAACUUCGAACUUCUAGAGAUUUACUUAAGACUAUGUGUAUUCUGGAUAUGCCUCAAGAGUUACGUGAGAACUUUUCUGAAAUCUUUACAAAAUUCAUCCACUCCGCACGAAUGCUGGAUUAUCAAGGAUUGUCGCAAUUAUAUAAUCGGGCUCAAGGUAUCUGCAAAACUGGCAGGAAGCAUAUAAUUAACGCAUUACCGUUUAUUGGAAGUAAUGCCGCUGUUAACGUAAUGAAAGAUCUGAUUAUAAAGGGGUAUGUGGAUAAAGAUAAAGUGAGCUUUUGGGUAACUGCCUUCACUUUAAUACCACGACCAGAUCAACAUACCAUAAAUGCUCUUGCACCACUUCUUGACUUCCAAAGUAAUAUCCUAGAAGCACAGUUCAUCCUUAGUUAUUCAUCGGUCAUACAUACAUAUUGCAUUACUCAUGGGACUGACUGUACUAAUCUUGAAUCAAUAAAGAAAUUUAUGAAGUUUGUUGAGGAGAAUGUAGUAAAAGGGUGCAUACCACGUGCUUCUGCUCGGUCUAAUAAAAAAGAGACACUGGAGGCCUUGAAAGCUAUAGGAAAUGCAGGUUUAGAAACAAAAACUCUUUUGGAUGAAUUGAAAACAUGUAUAAAUGAUGAGAGCGGAUUUAUAGACAUGGAAGUGAAAAUUGCAGCUAUCGAAGCUCAUCGAAGAUUCCCUUCUUGCGAGAAAUCUAGAAAUCAAUUUUUCUUAAAUAAUUAUAGAAACUUCACCAUCGAUACUGAAAUACGUAUUGCUUCUUAUUUGCAAGUUAUGCGAUGCCCUGAUUAUAAUGUUGUCAAAAUUAUACGUCGUACUCUCGAGGAAGAAGAAGUUAACCAAGUGGGUUCGUUCGUUUGGAGUCAUCUAAAAAAUAUGUUGUCGUCGUCGUCACCUACUCGUAUUGAAAUUCAGAGUCUACUCACCGAUCGUGAUCUUGGUAACAAAUUUAACGGGGAUCUUCGAAAAUUUUCCCGCAACUAUGAAAAUUCCUUCUUUUCCGAAGAAUACAAUAUCGGAGCCAACUACCAAACAAACUUGAUCUUCUCUCCAAAAUCGUAUAUACCACGAACGGUUUCAUUCAAUUUAACUUUUGAUCUAUUUGGCGAAUCGGUCAAUUUUUUUGAAGUCAACAUGCGAGCCGAAGGUCUUGAGUUUUAUGCGGAAAAUUUAUUUGGUCCUAGUGGACCCUUUAGCAGCGUUAAGGUAGCUGAUCAUUUUCGACAAUUUUUACGUCAUUUUCGUUCUGUUAACGACCAAGAUAGUGAAAAAGAAUAUUGGAACAAUAUAAAAAAGUUACCUAAUGUGAUAGACAAUGACUUUAAUAAUCCACGUAUCAGUCUUAGUUAUAAAAUCUUUGGAAAUGAAAUUAAGUUCACUAUGUUAAAUAGCGAUCAGGAUAUACGCACGACUUUAGCUAGUCUAAGUCCGUGGGAGAAGGUAAAACAGAUAUUGUCUGGUAAAGAAAUAGUACACUAUGAAAAUACUGCAAUGUUUUUGGAUUCAUCAUAUGUUGUACCAUCAACUACGGGUUUACCAGUGAAAUUAGAUGUAUCUGGAUCAGCUGCUUGUAAUAUCAAAUUGUCUGGAAUAUUAAAUAGUCAGAAACUUAUAAGUAAUGGAGAACUUGAAAUCAAUGGAAACAUUAUGCCAAGUGUGAGCAUUGAUAUAACUGGGACAAUGACUGUGGAUGCAUUUUACAAAAGCUCUGGAAUAAAACUGAAAAGUAGUAUAUAUUCAAUAGGCGCCGUAGAAGCUGAUCUUAAAAUCAAAGGUCUCAAAUUAGCAAAAUUAAGUUGGAAAAUACCAAGCCAUAAGAUGGAAGUCUUCUCAUUAACGACAGACAUCCUUCUUGUGACGACGAAUGGUGCCGAAUAUAAAGAACAGCCCAUUGUCAACUUCAUAAAUACAGAUACUUCAACAACUAUUAUUAAAAAUACAACAUGUAGUUGGUCUGCCUUGGAUAGACUCAUUGGUUUGAAGCUGUGCGCAGAUUAUCAAUUUCCUAAUGUUACGAAAAAUCUUAAUACGUCAUACUUUUUACUUAAUGGACCAACUAUAUUUAAAUUAUCGCUGAUUAAAGCUGAUCCAACAGCUGAUAGCUAUUUACUAGAGUAUAAAUGGAAACGGACUGCAAAUGAGAGUACAAUAAGACUUGCGUUCGAUACUCCCGGCUCUCAAAUGCAAAGAGAAAUAAGCGCAACAGUUUCUUUUGACGCGCUUAAUAAUAAUGUAACAUUAUUACUUAAGUCGAAGGGUAAUUCACUGAUUGCUCAAGGUACAUACAAAAGAACAGACGAUGAAACCUUCAUAGAUAUUGGAUUAAAUAGUAAUGGGACAAAACAUUUGGAUGCUCGCAUAGGUUAUUCGAGAAAAAAAGCAAAAUAUGGUUAUACUUAUUCUCCAAAAUUAUAUUUAGCAAUUAAUAACGAACGGAUAGUUAAUCUAUCAGGAAGCAUAACAAAUCAAGAUAAAAAUAAUGCUUCCGAAUGUCAUAUAGGUUUACGAUUUGAAACAAAAAACCUGUCGAGUCAUAUAUUCGGAUAUAUAUUGAAAGGCAACGAUAGUAUAUCAGGCAAUAUCAAAAUUGAAUACAGAUUUCAUGAAAAGUUCAAGAAUGAAGUUUUACAAACUGAAUUUUCUGUAAUAAAUCGAUCGACAAAAGCUCUAACGUAUAAAGCAGCCGACAUGAAACUACAUUCGACUGCAUAUCCACAGCUUAAUAUCGUAGCAGGUUUACGUUAUCAACAUGCUCUUGGUCAUAUAGAAUUACAUAUUGAAGUCAAUACGAGUCCCCAUCUUCAUAAUGCGGAUAGACAUAAACUUACGGCACAGUUUGUUGCAACUUAUUCGAAGCCAUACUUCCAAACUGAUGGUGCAACAAUCAGUGCUUAUGUAGCUAUCACAAAACCUGCUCAAGAUAUUGAUAUAAAAAUUGGUGUUAAUUAUUAUUCAAUUGGUUCUGAAUCAAAAACGCGCUUCUUGAUUCGAUACGCACCUGGAAAAGAAAUUACUUUGACCAUCAACGUUAUUAUGCCACGUGGUACGCUUUUUGCUAUCGAAGGUCGAGCAAACCUCACAAUACCGAAUUUCAAUUCAAUGAUCGUCAGUGCAAAAAUCACUGAGCGUUCGCGUAAUGAAUAUGAUCUUGAUUUCGCCGGUACUUGGUUCAGUGGUCACAAUAUGUCUGCUCGUGGCACCUACUAUGACCAUUCAACUGUUGUUGUCACCAAUCAUAAUUUGGACAUUUACCUUAAGUCGCCAAGUUUUACUAAAGAUAUACUGGUCAACUGCAAAUUGUACCACGAUGUAACUGAUUUAAAAAUAGGUUUAUUCAUCGAACAAGUUGAUAUUGAUAAAUAUGCAUUAAUACUCAAUCAUACGAUGAUAUCGUCACAACAUUUUAGCACUUUUCUAGAAGGAAAAUACAGAAGUAGUACUUAUUCACUGUUAUCAAAUGUAGAUCUAGAACGACAAGCAAUUUUGAAAUUACAUUUCGAUAAAUGGCGUGAUGUGCACAUCAUAGCAACAGGCAUCGAUGAAGAAAUUAAUAAAGAAUAUGGAAUCGAAAUAAAGUGGGACGCAAAUCGUGAUGCAGCUUUAAAAUUUGUAACGAACGUACAGCUAAACAAAUUUGUGUCUUUAAACGAUGGAAAAAAUGUGAGCGCUGUGAUACAUAUCUCAUAUCCUGGUCGGUUAGUCACAGGAUCUUGUUUAUUUACCUUAAGAGCACGUAAUAAUUAUAUAAUGGAUACAUGUUUGGAAUGGAAUACUGAUCGUGCUAUUAAGUUAACUGUAGAUACAGAUUAUGAUGCACAGAACUGGAUCAAAAUAUUAAAACUGGAGUCCCAACUUCUCACUCCCUUCAAGAAUUGGAAAAAAACAUCACUCAAUGGAAAAUAUUUGCAAACAGAAUCAGAUAUUUCAGCAAGCGGCAGUAUUUAUUGGCAAGAUUCACAACAUGUAAUAUUUGAAGUGACUGGUAAUACUAAAAUACAUGAUGGCCUUGCCGAAUGGAAUGCCAAUUGCGGAUUAAUGAGUACAGUACAUACUAUUCAAUUUGUGACUGCCAAUUUAACACAUGCACAUAUAUAUGCAAAAAGUGCAGAUUCUCACAUCGUCAUCAAAUAUCAUCCGGACAAAGUAAUUGAUGCUCGAAGCGUAUGGUUAAUUGAUAAUGGCAAAGAUGAUACAUUCAAUGUUACUGGAAAUCUUCAGCUUUUAUCGCCGGUUGUUAACUAUCGGAAAGGUGAAUUUAAAUGUCACUUAAGUUCUAAAUCAAAUUGGAAAUUCUAUGGAGUGGCAAAUCUUGAUUUAGAUAAACGGAAAUAUACUAGUCACUUGAUUGGAGAUUUGACGAGACUGAAAGAAUCAAUGGUUCAAUUCAACAUAACAACGCCAUUUGUAAAAUAUGCUUUCAUUCGGGGAAGGUUUGGAUUAUCUGAAAAUAAUAGACAUAUUGUGGCUGAAAUAGCCACUCCAGCUGGUCCUUUAGGUAUCGAAGGUAUUUGCCAAUUAUUUACAAGCAAUUAUGAUUUCAAUAUAAAACUAUUGCUAGCGACACCGAUCGAUGUAAUUCAGAAGGCAUUACUCGUCGCCAAACUGAAUCAGCAAGAGGCCGAUUUUAGGGUUGCUUAUAAUAAUAUGACUGCUGGGUUUGAGGGUGUAUGGUUUUAUCAUAACAUUAGUAACUUCCACUAUAGUUAUAUUCUUUAUACUCCAUUGCAAGGAUUUCAUGAAAUUGGAGCCAUAACUAAAUUAGUAGUAAUUCAAAAAGAACCAUCAGAAUUUUUAAAUAUUGAUACAGAAUUUUCGCUACGAGUUGUAACACUCGUAGCUGGAAUUAAAGCGCACAUUGGGCCAAAACUUGCACCGCCUAUCGCCAUUCCUGUAAAGUCGGAGUUAAAACUUUCAAGUGAAAACACAAUACUGGAUGCAUAUGAUAGUACAAAAGAUACAGAAAACUUAAACUGGAAAGCUGAAGUGGAGAUAAAUGCCGUCAUAAUAGAGCCAAUUACUGCAUCAUUAGACUUCGAUCGCGAGGGCUAUACAGAUAAAAUUUUAGGAAUUCUGAAGUUACCACAAGGGACUAUCAUUAUUGAUGAUAGUUUUUAUUUUGAAGAUUUCUUUAACAUAAAAAAUGAUCUUAGUAUUGAUACCCCAUUUAAAUGUGGGUCUGAAAUAAUUUCGACGUUUUCGUUUGGCGCUAAUAUGGAAAAUUUCAAUUAUUUGAUGGAUCUCAGUUUAAAUAUAAAAAAUAAUUCAGAAUGGAUAAAUAGUGGAUUCUAUGUAAACUAUACAUAUCAAGGAUUGGAAGAAGGUGAUUUGCAAUUGCAUUUACUGCAAUUUGAUUUAAAAACACCAGUAAAGUUUCUAAAAUAUAUGAAUUCUAAGUCUUUUCUGGAAAUUGAUGAAAAUUAUUACAAAACAAAUAUAUCCAUACAAUCUGUUGAAAGUUCAAUAGAUUUUGUUGGAUCACUUGAGCAAGAUAUAAAUUUCUACGAUCUGGCUUUACAAAUGAAAAUGAAUACUCCGAUACUUAUCAUCUCUAAAACAAAGAUUAAUGCGAAAAAGGACUAUACUGAUAAAGAAAAACAUAUAGAAUUUGAUAUAGAUAUUGAAGAACCAGAAUUAAAAUCGGUAAAUUUAAAUUUAAUAUUUUACAUCACAUUGAUUAAAUUUCAAGUGAACUGGAUAAUUGAAGAACACAUGAUGAAGGGAUUAAUGGUAUUGAAUACUUGGUUAGAACCAUUAAUAGAUCUUGAAGGUUCAAUUUUGUAUGAUAAUUCUGUGCACCUGGAUAAUACUAUAAUCACUAAUGCAUAUUUCAAAUAUUACGGGAAUCAAAAUUAUAAAUUGACCGGUCAGCUCAAAGAUGGAAAAAUAAAAACUGAUUUCUACAUGCCUAUUUAUCCACACCAAUUGAUUUUCAAUGGGAAUCUUGUAAAAAUUAACGAAAAUCUAUAUGAGGUUGUUGGCAAUUUGACGGACAUUGAAAAAUCUACAGAUCUACAAAUUAAGAGUUCUAUUCAGCUUGAAAAUAGUAAAAUUAUAUCGAUUGACAUUAACACAAUACCAAAAGUAGUAUCGAAGUUAGAAAACCAACAGCAUUCUAUUCAUUUUAAAUUGAAAAAAGAAAUGUAUGGUUUGGCUUUAGAAGGCGAAAGUCAAAAGGUAAAUGGAAGUGUUAAAAUGAAUCUUGUUAACAGCUUAAAUUGGGAUUUUCAAGCUCAACUUUCUCAAGAGCAUAACCGGUCGUAUGAUUUAAUUACUUUCAUGAAUGUUCAAGUUAAUGGUAAUACAACCUUAUAUCUUCGAGCUAAUACACCCUGGAAAAAAAUCAAGAAUCUUGUGUUUGAUAGUAAUUUAUUAUUAAAUAGUGAAACUGGUAGUGCCCAUGCUAAAUAUCAACUAAAUCAAGAUUCUGGUUAUAUUUGCUUUCUUUGGCAUUUAUUUUAUCUGUCAGACAUGCUCGUUAAUGUUACAUUUGAUCAUCGAAAAGAUACAACAAAUACAAAAGAUAUAAAGGCGAUAAUAUUUUACAUAAAUCCUAAAAAAGCUUUCAAGAACAUUAAUGUAGGUUUCAACGUGAAUAUUGAUAAAGAUAAAUGGAGAUUCGGAACAAAUGCUUCGGUUGGUCUUCUCGAUCAAAAUAAUUUCGAUGCAUUACUAAACGUUCAGCUACCACAGAACACAGAUAUGCAUAAUUUACUUUUAAGUUAUCAUGCUAAUAAUAACUAUAAUUAUUUGUCAUACGUUAUUGGUUAUAGUACCGACGUUAGCAAAUCAAAUUAUGCAUCCGAUGGCUCGAUAAAUAUGGAUACUAAUGAUAUAAAUGGACAUCUUCGACUCACUUGGGGAUUAAAACGAGACCAAAAUCUCAAUAAUCUUUUUAAUAUAACAUUUGAUAGCAAACAAAUUGAUUUUAAAUAUGCAUUAUUUACACGGAAGUUUUUGAAAGAAGAAACGUUUCUACUUUUCGCUAAAUAUAAUGAUAAACAGGAGCAUUUGACUUUUAUCAAUACAGAUUUGUAUUAUCCAGCUCGGAAUCGCAUAGGAUCUGCUAAUAUAUCUUAUCACAGUCUAAUUAAUAUAAAUGGUACUAUAAAUGCAUGGACGCCUUUUCCAAACUUUUCAAAUAUUAGUUGCAAAUUUAUAGUUUCUACUACUUUAAAACAAAAUAAACGAUUUCUUCAACUCUUCUGGCAGAACAACUCAGCGCUCAUAGACUCGGAUUAUACAUAUAACAGUGAACGUCUAAAUUCAAAUCUUGAUGGUUACAUUCGUAUUGAAUUCCCACUAAAUACAUGUCACGAAGGUCUCUUUACAUAUGGUUAUAAGAAACGACCAUUGGUAACUGUAGGCUAUUCGGAUCUUAAGUAUAAUAAUGAUAAGAUUAUAGAGGGACUGUAUAAUGAAAAGAGUGAGUCCCGGGCUGGUUUUGAAAAGGAUCGUAUCGAAAUUAGUAUAGAAAAUUCUUUUCGACCUAUUGGUAUUGUUUAUGUUAAUCAAUACGAAUACAGCGCCGGCAAUGAAGGCACUAACUAUCCAACAUUGGAAUACAAAGAGGUAAACAUCUACCAAUUAAAUAAUAUAAGUGCUUUUAAUGUCUCUGGUACGUCUAAAAUACGAACGACUCACACUGGUCAAGAAAUUCAACUAACUGCUGUACAUUCUAAUCGCACCGUUAAGUUCCAUACCGAUUUCAAUAUAUUAUCUGGAGAAUUCGAUCAAAAUAGCUGGUUUAGUUUAGCUGAUGAUGCAUGGAUCUCAUAUCACAUUAAUAUUCUAAACAAAACAACAAAUGAAGUGGAAAAUCAAUUCAUAAUUUUGAGCUUAGUUUAUCCCAAACGAAAUUUCACGAUCAAUGGUUCUUACCUUGUUACUGAGUCAAAAUUAAAUUCUGAAGCUAAGCUUAUGUGGGAGAGCGAUGAAAAAGCACUAAAAGUUGUAGGAGCUGCUUUUGAUUGGAAAAACGUAUCAUCAGAACAGAAUAUCAUAAAGCAAAUGGCAGUAUUAAGUAUCAAGCACCCAAGUUUCAAGAAAGAUGUUAAAUUUUCAGGAACAUUGGCACGCAGAGACAUCCAUGAUUUAUUGAAUAUCGGUUUGACAGUAGAUUACUCAACACAUGAAAGCAAACUUUUAAUUCUUUCAGCGAUCGUCCGAGAUGAGAGUAACUGGCCGAUUGAAAGAAAAUAUAGUUAUUCCAUCACUGGUGAACAUCUAAAAACACAAUUAAAUAUGAAUAUAAAUGGAUACUUUAAAAAGUAUAAGACAUCUUUGGUUGAAACAAUAAAUAGUGCUCAUUAUAAACGUAGUUUUCUACCUGAAGAAAAUGGUAAAUUAUUAGGUCGUAUUAAUUUAAAUAAAAAUGAAGUGGAAUUCAGUCGAAUUAACAACGAAUAUGUAAAAUAUCUUCAGGCUAGGUAUUAUGCAAAUUACCCUGAGUAUAUUAUAAAUGGUAGUAUGAUCAAUGGUCGAGAGCUUAAUGCAACGGGAGUCUUCUUCAUUAAUUUACAAGAGAAGCUCACAUGGAUGAUGGUCAAUUAUACUCCGGAUGCUAUCGAGAGUCUGAGAAUGUAUGGAAACGUACCAGAUGCUAGAAACGCUGAAUUUGAUAUUUGGAGAACAUAUGAUCAAGAUCUUUCAGUCUCUGACGUUUCAUUUUACGUACGUCUCAAUCAUUCUAGACUUGUUACAUCCAAACUAAAAUGGAGACCAAAACUUAAAUCAGAUGUCAUUAAUAUUAUAAAAUCUAGUUUUACGAAUUCUUACGACGAAUUAAGCAAAGAUAUUGAUUAUUGGAGACAUUACAUACGCAGUGAAACAAUCAGUGUUAUAUCAGACAUUUGGACUGAUGCGCAAGAAGAAUUGGAAGAGUUUUUAACCGACCUCAACGAUUUACGAAUAAUUGAGGGUGACUUCAAAAAUCUCAAAAUAUAUCUUAAUAAUUCCUAUAACGCUAACGAAUUCUACAUUAAAGAUAUAGUUAUUAUGGGUAUGUACGUGAUUGAUGAGUUAUCGCUUCGCAGUCAUAUUCAGUCUCUACCUAAUAUUAUCAAUGAAAUUUGGGAAAUAAUGGGGGAGUCAGGUGAAGCUAUUCGUAACUCCCUUCUCUGGAUUAUCGAGACAAUCAAGAAUGCCUAUCAAAAACUCUCUGAGAUUACUAAUGCGGUUCUCAGAGGUGAUUCAAUGAAUCAAAUUGCUAGCAUUGUUGAGAAGUUUAUUAUCAAAUACGAUAUGUUUGUAAAGGAGCUACACGUAUCUUUUAUCAAAUAUAUCGAAUAUUUGUAUAAUAAGAUCUAUCAAUCCAUUUCUCUUCAGUGGCAUCGAUUCCUGAUGCAUAUAGAGCCAAUCUUCAUUAGGCUUGCUCAUUACUUGGAAACCGUCGGAUGGAAAGCUAUUCAAGAGUUUUUCAACUUCCUCUACGACCGUAAAAUUGAACUUAUCACUUCACCUUACUACGAUCAAUUCUCUAACUUUACUCAAGAUAUAGACAAAUUUUAUCGAGAUAUCAAAGCCAAUGAUAUCAUCACUAAUAUUCAAAAAUACUCUACCACCGUGAUUCAAUUCAUUAAAGAACGUUAUUUUGCUUUUGUACCUUUUGGCAAAGAGCUAAAGGAUGUUGUUGAUGAAAUAAUUACAGAGCUUAAAGAAUUAAAGAAGCUACCAUCAGUAAAAUAUGCUUCAGAAAAAAUUCAACAAAUUUACGAAAGGGCUUUAUACCUUUACGAAUACUUUGAAGUUAGAACAAAAUUAGAAAGCACAGUAAGAUUAAUACAUUCUAAAUUAAUGGAUAUUAGUCAAACGGCAUUACAAGCUGAAAGUAGAUAUAGAGAAGCUAAGACAAAAUUUAUCUAUGACCCAAAUCAUGGUCUCAUGUGUCUAGAGCAAAAGUUACCGAUGUCCUGGCACGCAUUUAAUCAAACGCCAGAAUUUCAAGAAAUUCCAGAAUACAGAGCUAUUGUAGAUAUGGGUUCAUAUUUUACUUCUUCUAACACAACUUUCUGGACACUAUACUAUCAAAUAAAGCCACUUACUGAACCGUCUAAUUGGUUACCACCCUUCAAAGCUCAAGCCAUGAUAAUUGGUGGCCAACAUUUUCGAACAUUUGACGGACGAUAUUUUGAGUUCGCUGGUUCCUGUACAUAUCUUGCUGCACAUGAUUUCGUUCGAAAUCACUUUGCCAUUUUGAUUAAAUAUGAGCGUAAUGCCAGUAAUGCAUCUCCAACUUAUAAAAUCAUCGUUUUGGUAGGAAAAAAUGGUAUCCAAAUAGAUGUAUUCAAUGAUAACGUUAAGCUCUUAGGACAGAAUGCGAGUCUCCAAUUGCCAACUGAACUUGAAAACGGUACGGUUUUCGUUUAUCAGGAUGACAGCAUUGUUAGCGUCGAACGUAAAAAUAAUCAGCUGAAGCUUGAGUGCAACCUGAAGUAUGAUCUUUGUACUCUAGAGCUUGCAGGUUGGUACUACGGGAAAACGGCCGGUCUCCUUGGGACAAUGAAUAACGAGCAAAUCGAUGAUUUUCUCACAUCAAAUGGUCGUGUAGAGCAGAAUAUUGGUCGAUUCGCGCAAAGCUGGUCACUCGAACUUGAUGAAUGCACGAAUAGUGAGAAUCUGGCCGUGACGCGAUCGAGUGAUAUCGAAUCAGACUUUUGCCGUGAGCUCUUCACUAAUAAGAGCUCCGAAUUCAGUGCAUGUUUCGGUAUAGUUGACUCUGCAGCUUAUCGCUCGAUGUGUGCGAACAGUGUAAACGAACGCGAAGCUUGCGGAGUGGCUAUGUCAUAUCUGCAAACAUGCAUGUUUCACGAUACAUAUUUAAGGAUACCCAACGAAUGUACAGCUUGCGGUAUGAAUGGAACCGGUAUAUCCCAAAUCCCGGAAGGAGACUUUCUUAAGUUGGAAGGAGAGACAGUACCACAAUCAGCGGACAUAAUCUUCAUUGUCGAAGCAAAAGAGUGUAAUCGCGGAAUCAGACAGAAUCGCAGCAUCGAUCAACUUAUCAUGCACAUCGACAAGGAAUUGAAUGAUAAUAACCUCAUAGAUAAUCGUUGGUCACUCGUAAUUUUUGGAGGCAACGGAGUCUACGAUAAGCCCAGAAGCUUGAUCCUUGAUAAUAAGAUUUUUACGAAAAACGCCAUUCAUUUCGCUGACUAUUUUGAUCACAUAAUUGUUGGUGACGGAAGUCAAGAUAUAUUCGAAGCAAUUAGAUUUGCUGCUCAGCUCGUUUUUCGAGCUGGUGUUUCAAAAACUUUCAUACUCAUGCCCUGUUCCCACUGUGAAACCGAUAAACAAACGUUAGACUACUCAGUACUAUACCAUGCACUUCAAGAGCGAGGUAUCACUUUGCAUAUCCUUAUGGACGGAGAGUACAAAUUUGAAAAAGGUAGACUAAAUAAGAUAUUCUACGGCCUUGAUGCUACGCGAUCCUAUACAAAGAAGGACUCGCGUGUGCUCUUGGGUGACGUGGAACUUCGUCGACAGGUAAAACUGUCAAAGAACGCCUUAGGUUAUUGUACACCAUUGUCGCUCGAGACGAAUGGUGCGAUAUUCAGCGGAAGUAAGUUGCGCACUCUCGAGAAACUCGGCUCUAUCAAGAAGUUUGCUAGCGUCUUCGCCAAGAGAUUGGCUUUAACUGCCCAGCCGAGCUCUUGCCAGCUCUGCGAGUGCAUUGCUGACAAUGACGGCAUCACCAAAAUGGAAUGCGCACCUUGCGACUACCCAACGCCUAUAACUGUAGAUUUUGUAAGCGAAACUUUCAACGAAGAUGAUUUAACGGGACUACAAUCCAUCGAUGUAGAUUAUGGCCAAAUAGAUGCAGAUGAAGAUUAAUCAAAUUUCACUGUAUUACUUCAAUAUAUAUAAAAUAUAUGCUAUUUUAAAUUAUUAAA